AUGACCCCAAUUGAUUCAACAAUGUCUAUAUCACAAACACCCAUCGAUUCUUCCUCCCAAUGGCGCGCCUGGCAAACCCUCUCAAUAUUCUACACCAUUCAGCUCAAUCGCCAAAUUCGUCGACGCUGGCUCCUCGAGCAAACAUCCAUGAAAGACAGACCUCUCUCCGAACGUUUCCGACCUGUCAUUUUCCUUGAACCUGUUCCAACUCUGACGAAACCACCAGUCAAUUUGGAUGAGGAAAUAAUCACACUGCGUACUGGUGUAUCACUCCUUCGAGCACGUGUCGAAAAGGGAAAGGAGCUUGCAUCGGAAAUUGAACGACGCAUGCUCCAGCCGCAUCUUCAUUACCCGACGCAUUUCUGUCAUACAUGUGUUGAGGAUGAGGAGAGGGUAGAGGUCCUUUUGACCAAGUGUGGGCACAGAGUUUGUACGACUUGUUUGGAGUUUGGGAUCGAUGGUGGAGUUUAUGAGUGCAGUAUCUGUUUUCGGGUAGCUGAUUUUGUGGCGAGGAGUCCGUUGAGUCGGAGUUCUGGCUCGAGUACAUGGAACUGUUCAGAUCGGAUGCUUGGGAGAGAAAGGAAGCCUGCUUCGAGGGGGGUGAGGUUCUGUUCGCCGAUUCUUUGA